AUGUAUUGGAAAAUUUGUCUUAAAGCUUACAUAAAGAAGAAUACAAACAGUAUCACAAAUUAUUUUACUGAUGCUCUUGCUAACAUUUUUGUUGUUAGGUUCAAUCUUAGGGCUUAUCGCUGGGUCCAGGCUAUGGUGUUUGCAAUUGAUGAAAUUAACAAAGAUAACAGCCUGUUGCCUAAUAUAUCGCUGGGAUUCAGCAUCUUUGACUGCUGUGACACGAUCAUCAAGGCUUUGCAGCACACACUAUCAGUAGUGACAGGAAGACCUGAUCUGAUUGUUAAUUACCACUGCAAGUCUAAAUCAACAAUGGCAGGCAUUAUUGGAAGUGCUGGGCCUGUCGUCUAUCUACCUAUUGCCAGGGUUUUAGGCUUCUUUAGCUACCCUCAGAUCAGUUAUAUUUCAACAGUCCCUUACCUAAGUGACAGAAAACAGUUCCCAUCCUUCUUCCGCACCAUCCCCAGUGAUGUUUCUCAGACCCAGGGUAUUGCCCAAUUACUUGCAUCAUUUGGCUGGACAUGGGUGGGAAUACUAGCACAGGGAGAUGACUAUGGCCAGGCAGGUUCCCAGAGCCUGAAGAAAGACAUGGAUACAGUAGGUGCAUGUGCUGCUUUUGAAGAGAUUGUUCCCAUAUACUUUGCUAAGGAAACAAUUAAUCACAUAAUAAAUAUCAUUCAGAACUCCUUGGCACAUGUCAUUGUGGUCAUCUACUCUGACAACUACUUAAGUACAGUGAUAGAAGAAAUUUCACAGAAGGAUAUCAGUGGGAAGAUAUGGAUUGCUACUGAUGGUUGGUCUACAUCUUUAAGCCUUGCAAAACCCAAGUUCUGGGGUAUAUUGGGUGGCACUCUUGGGUUUGCAGUUCCCAGAGGAGACAUUCAUGGAUUUAAAGAUUUUCUGUAUGGAAUUCAUCCAAGCACAUCUCCUGAAGACAUUUUUAUACAACAGUUUUGGGAGACAGCCUUCAACUGUAGAUGGCCUGGACCAGAUACUGACAGGAAAGAGAUGGACAAGAAACUGUGCUCAGGCAAAGAGAGCCUGGAAGCAUUAAAGAAUAUUUAUACUGAUGUCUCCAAUUUGAGAAUCACAUACAAUGUUUUCCAUUCAGUUUAUGCUUUUGCACAAGCCCUGAAUGACCUUUAUACUUGUCAGCCUGGAAAAGGGCCAUUCAUUAAUGGAACAUGCACCGACAUUUCUGACUUUUAUCCUUGGCAGCUCCUAUACUAUGUGAAGAAUGUGCAUUUUAAAACCAAGUCUGGAGAUGAUGUGUACUUUGAUGAUGGAGGAAAUCCACCAGGACGAUAUGACAUUAUCAACUGGCAGCUUAACCUUGAAGGCAGUGCUGUGUUCACAAAGGUGGGCAGAUUCGAUUCUGCUGCACCUCCACAACAACUAAUUAUUAACAGCAGUGCCAUCUUGUGGAAGGCAGGAGAAAUACAGGUCCCACAGUCUGUGUGCAGUGAAAGCUGUCCCAUUGGACACAGAAAAGCAGCCCGGCAAGGACAAGCGAUCUGCUGCUUUGACUGCAUACCAUGUCCCUCAGGAGAGAUAGCAAAUCAGACAGGUUCCACAAUAUGCCUGAGAUGCACAGAUGAUUUCUGGCCUACUGAGAAGCAGGAUGAAUGUAUUCCAAAGCUUACAGAAUUUCUUUCCUUUGAGGAGCCCUUGGGGUCAUUAUUAGCAACCACAGCACUAUUUAUUGCAUUAUUGGCUGCCACAACCUUGUUUCUCUUUAUUAAGCACAGUGAUACUCCAAUUGUGAAAGCCAAUAACAACCAAUUGAGUUAUCUCCUUCUGAUAGCUCUGAUUUUAUGCCCUCUGUCUUCAUUAAUAUUUAUUGGUCAACCAAUGAAAUUGACAUGCAUGUGCCGUCAAGUUACAUUUGGAAUCAUUUUUGCCCUCUGUGUUUCAUGUGUUUUAGCCAAGACCAUCAUGGUAGUUGUUGCUUUCCGUGCCACAAAGCCCAACAGCAACCUAAGAAAGUGGAUCGGUCCUGGACUUUCAAACUCUGUUGUCUUCAGUGGCACUUUUGUGCAAGUCAUUGUCUGCUUUGUUUGGCUGCUUAGUGCUCCUCCAUUCCCUGAGCAAGACCUAACUUCUGAACCUGGAAAGAAGAUACUCAAAUGCAAUGAAGGUUCUCCCAUUGCUUUUUGGUGUAUGUUAGGAUACAUUGGAUUAUUGGCCAUUAUAAGCUUUGUAGUAGCCUUCUUAGCCCGGAAGCUGCCAGAUGCAUUUAAUGAGGCAGCAUUUAUAACCUUUAGCAUGCUUAUGUUUGUUAGCGUUUGGCUGUCUUUUAUUCCAGCAUACAUAAGCACAAAGGGAAAGUAUAUGGUUGCUGUAGAGAUAUUUGCUAUCCUGUCAUCUAGUGUUGGCUUGCUUUUAUGUAUAUUUUUCCCAAAGUGUUACAUAAUUUUGUUUAGACCUCACACAAACACAAGAGAAUAUUUGAUGGGAAGAGGAACCACAAGAAGUGUCCACACAUCAACUGUUGCAUGCAGCACAUCAACUACUGUACAUCUGGAGAAGGAUCAGCAGAACCAGAGAUGGGACAGCAUCCCUCGCACAUCUUUGUUGGGUGGCUCAAGGGAGAAUAUUCUUCAGGAUCAUGGAACCAAAACAGGCCCUGCUCCUGGAGGCCAAAUCGACUUUGCAAUGAGUGAUAAAGCCUUAGGAUCCAGUGUCAACAUUUUGGAAAUCUUUUUGGAAGGCUCCGAUGGAGCAUUGGAAGAGGAAGAUCUCUUUCCAGACUUGUCAGAUCUUGAAGAUGGAGACUGGUCAGACUUUGAUGAACCCGAACCUUUUGUGUCUUGCUUCCCUGAGACUUUUGCCCUUCCUUUUCUUACUCUUUUUGUCUUGGUGUGUCUACAACCUCAGAAAGGGAUGCAGAAGACUGAAAUCACUCCAGGUGAGCUGGGAACAAUCCUUUAA